AUGCCGUCCCGGGACCCCAAAAAAUGGACCUUCGACAUUGAUCGGUUCAUCAAUCCCUUCAUUCCACCGCCGCCAUGGAAACACCUCCCAUAUCCCAUCGCCUACAUCUUUGGAUACCGUCACCAAAAACCCAGUAGCAUUGGGACUAUUCUGCCAGUGAUUUGGGCAUUCAUUGGCAUUUUCAUCUCACUAUCGGUUAUUGAAUUGGCUUCGGAGCGUAUUCCUUCAUUUGUUGAGAGAGGCGCUCCUAUUAUUGUCGGAUCUUUUGGUGCGGGCGCUGUUCUUGAGUUCUAUGCUAUUGAAUCUCCCCUCGCACAACCGCGUAAUUUUUUCGGCGGUCAACUCAUCGCCGCCGUCAUCGGUGUCAGUAUUGGAAAGCUCUUCCUCCUUAGUGACAGCUUCUCCUCCAUUCAAUGGCUCGGUGGCGCCAUUUCCUGCGCGACGGUAACUUCCAUCAUGGCUCUUACAAAAACGAUUCACCCGCCCGCCGGUGCAACGGGCCUUCUCGCCGUAGUCGAUGACCGACUUCUUCAACUGGGCUGGUUCUUCAUCCCCGUGGUGCUCUUCAACUGCACAAUCAUGUUCGGAGUGGCACUCCUCGUAAAUAAUAUCCAGCGCGUGUACCCUGUCUAUUGGUGGACACCUGAGAGCCUACGCACUGAGAGGACCGAAGGGGAGAGGGAGAAAUCGGCGGAUGUUGAAAAGGGCAAGCCAAGUGAGGUGGUGCCAGAUGAUGGAAGUGAUUCCGAUCGGCACGAGAGACAUGACGGCAAGGAGAUUGUUCUCAAGCCCGGUGGUGCACUUGCUUUGCCUCAGGAUCUCUUCCUUAUGCAGGAGGAGCUUCAGCUGCUAGAGGAGAUCGCCAACCGAUUAUAG